AUGUUAUUUAAUAUAAAUACAAAUUACUAUAUAAUGAAAGGGCAAAAUUUGUUGAUUGCUCUACAUGAGUGUUACCAAAUCAUUGCUAUGAUACCAUUAGUUUUUGAAGUCGAAUUAGUUUUGAAGAAAAUUGAGGAUGAGGGAAAUAAAGGAGAUAAAGAUAAAUUACUAGAAUAUUUCACACUAAAUGAAAUUAAAUACCCAAUCUGUAACUUACAUGCUAGUAAGGUAGGAAAUCUGUAAAGUGAUUAUCGUAGAAAUUUUAUUUUAUCCAAUCGUAUUAUGAGAAAAAAUUACAAAUAUGUAGUUAUUCUAGAGCCUUUAGUGAAAUUUGAGUUUUUUGAAAUUGUUUUUGCACUCACACCUUUCCCCAUCUCUCCGAAAACGACAAAAAUUUUCCCGCAACCUCGUCCAUGACAGUCCAUUCCAUAACAUUCCC